AUGAAUAUGACACAAGUUAACGGUGCUGAUCGACCAACCAAUACUUGGGCACUGCAAUACUUGGACCAUGUUUUAAUGUUUGAUCAUCAAGAUGAUUUAUUGGCUCGCAUGCUAGUGGAUAUUGGCCAUUAUUUUUUUACAGAGGCAAAACGUCUAGCUGAUGAUGCACAGCUUGAUAGUGCUUAUCAGCAUUAUGGGUGGUCCAAAAUAAUGUAUGAACGAUAUCAACAGAAGGAACAAAGAAAGAAAACCAAUGAAAUCGAAGAAAUCAAUCGAUGUAUGGAAGCUAUCGAACUACAACGUAAUCGAACGAAUAACAACAACGACGAUGAUGAUGAUUGUGUGGGCGAAUCACCCUCUUAA